AUGCACCUCCCCCUCCCCCUCCUCCUCACAUCAACCCUCGCCCUCCUCACCGCAGCGGCCCCCACCCCCGCAGAAUCAUCCAAACGCAACGACCCCGUCGACCCGCUCGACCUGAAAGGCACCAUCAAGGAGGGCCUCAACGCAGUGACUGGCCUGGUGGGCGUUGAGGUCGCGCACAAGCGGGAGAUCGAGAAUAAUGCCGAGAAGCGCUUUCUGAAUGGGUUGCCGCUUAUUGGGGAUUUGUCCGUAUAG